AUGUUGGACGGUGCAUCAUCGUUGUCCUCACGUGGAACCGACGCCGUCAACGUCGACGACGACGACGACGACCCAACAACGGCGGGACGUGCGCCCCCGUCGACGACCGCUUCGGUCCCGAGGUACUAUAGCAACCGCCCCGCCACCACGACCACUGCAGGCUCUUCAUCCCCUCCUUCGAGUGCACCACCCACAGGGCCACUGCCAGUGCCUUUCCCUUCGUCGGGCUCAGGCAUGGCAACGCCCUCCCGAGCGCCUAAUGGCCCCGGAUCGGCGUUGAGACAGCGCGGCGAGUCGUCACCCGUCACCUCGAGGCACACCGCGGGCCCAUCGACAUCGACCACCGCAAGCAGCAGCAGUCAUAGCCACGGCAGCAACUCGCUCGGUGAUGACCCCUUGCCGUCCAAGCCGUUCGUGCGCAGAGGUAGCUCCACCGCCGCCGAGGGGCUGGGUUCGGCAACGGCUUCGUCGACGUCACGUAGAGUCGAGCACCCUUUCGUUUCCACCACCUCAUCGGACCAGUGGGCGACAUCGAGGGAGCACUGUGACAGGGCCUACAGCAAUGGGAAAGGUCCCGCUACGGAAGGUACGGCCGAGCGACGCAACGGAAGUUACGGCCGAGCGACGCAACGGAAGUUACGGCCGAGCGACGCGACGGAAAUUACGUUUGCUCUGACCACGUGACGCGAGCUAACGUUUGCUGUUUCCUACCGACUCGGCUAUCCUUGAUUCCACAGCUCGACCAGCUCGGCGGCAGCACUAUGUCGAGCCAUUUGGAAAUCAUGAUCAAAACUCAGCCGGCGGCCCCAUCGCCUCGACCUCGGCUCCCUCAAAUACAGGCGCCGUGGCCUCGUCAUCCUCGUCUCGUUCCCAGUACCUCAAUGCAUCAUCUGCCUCUUCCGCAGCUCCAAAUUCGUCAAAGUCGGUCUUGACCAUCGCAUUGCAACGCGCACAAUCGGCGGUACUGUUGGAUUCGGCCAACAACGUCCCCGCCGCGAUCAGCGCCUACUCAUCUUCCGUCCGACUGCUCAAGGAGGUCAUGGCUCGAGUCGAGGACGGCGCGCGGCGCGACCGAGAGAAGCUGAACGAGCGAGGAGGGGAUCGCUAUGUCGUACGACCCGGGGAGACCGAGGAAGAUGCGCAAAAAAGAAUCGCGAGGAUAGAGAGGAAGGAGAGGGCCAAGAUGGACGAGGCUCGGAGGCUCAAGGUCAUCGUAAGCAUUUUUGCGCCUGGCUCGUAGAACGGCUUCUAUCAGAGGGUUCAACGACUUGACUGGGGCUUCUCACUUUGCUAACUACAGCAUGACACGUAUGAGGAUCGCAUCCGGAUGCUGCAGUCGAUCGAAUUAGAGCAAGCCGACGCGACGCCGAAGCCUGUCGUUGAAGAGUCAGGUUCAGCCCCUCGAGCACCGACGAGGACCGAGCAGAGCGCGACACCGUAUAUCACUGCGCCACCCAUGGUAUCUCGGCGGUCUCAGAAUAGGUCCAUCAGCAGUCUCGAGACCGUAUCCAUACCUCCAGCAACAUUCGCAACGUCCAAUCAGGCUAGCGCACCAUCGGAUGAUGCCUUUUCCAGUCAGCCGCUCACCUCGCUCGACGAGACUGACACGACACCCAAACUUGCUUCGAAGCCAUUCCGAAAACCAUCGCCUGCGAUAAAUGACUCCAAUGGCACGACAGCUGGCGGGUCACGACGGCCCUCGCUCAGCCCAGAACGUCUGAGGAAGCAUAUCACCACAGAGCGGCCCGUCCAGCUCGGUCGGUCUGCGAGCUCAGAUAAUCUCGCCGUUCAAUCGCACCAACGGUUUCCAUCUAACGGCUCGGACGACAGUGACGAUCGCGUGCCUGUCACAGCGAGAGAGACCGCUUCCGGCUGGCCGACGCAGCCCGAGAACGGGACGGCGCGGGAGCGAGAGACGACUCUCACCCCCGCGAGCUAUGGUGCACAAAGCAGACACUCGCCGACCCCGGGCGCGAUCAGAACGGGUGUAUCACCACAGCCAUCCCAAUAUGCUUUUCAACCGCACGAGCUUCGAAGAACAGCCUCAGAUCAGGCGGCUCCUAGUGCAAGCCCAGACUUGUCCUCCUGGUCGAACGAGACGCGUGCCGCUCUAUCCUCUGCCGCCGUGGCCUCACCGCUCAACGAAGCAACAAAACGAACGACGGGCGUCCGCACCAGCUCUUUGUUGGCAGCCGGUCACCUGCCAUUUGGUGAGGAAGCGCCACGACUGAUUGAUGCUCGACCUCACCCCGCUCGUGGCCCGAUCAUGGCCAGUGGCGGCACAGGCAUCGUUGUGAGCAACAGCGCCUCGGCGAAGCGACGAGAGAACGUUUCCCCAUUGGUCAAUGACUCGACGACGACGGGAACCAUCAGCCAACGCCGCCGUAGCUCGCAGGCUCCGAGCCCGGUGACUGGAUCCGAGACCACCGCGACAAGUGCUGUCAAAGCCUCAGGAGCGCACCUUGGAACGGUGCGAGACGAGGACUCGCAACGCGACGCCAAGAAUGCGGCUGCAUCCAGGGGACGUAGUGACGUCGGUCCCUCGGUUAGCUCCCCGAGCUUGCAAUCGGCUAGCUCGGCCAGUACCUCUUUCAUGAAUGACUUUGGUCCGACGACGGCUUCGGAAGGAGGGUAUUCGAGCGCGAGCCUUCCAACGCGGCUUCGUACCCACUCGCAACCUGGUCAACGACCGUCGCUAUCCUCUUUCCAGAACCAACCGCCCGUUCCGUCAAUUGUUACCGUUGGCGAUCGCUCAAUCUCAAGCAACGGUCCACCAAAGAUGAUGCGCAAGAGUUCUGUUCCGUCUCCCACCUCUCCAGCUGGACCUGGUCUCGGACACCCACCGAGCCUGGUGCGCACCAACUCGGUCUCAUCUCAAGGAAGUUAUUCGGAGCGAGAUGCAUCUCAUCGCGGUGCGCCAUCGCCUUUCUGGAACUACCUUGACACAUUCGCGAGCUCGCGCGAGGUGCUCAACGGUGCAUCAACGGGCCGUCGAAGUAUAGCUGCUGUAGGGGAAUAUGUCCCCUCGCCUGCAAACGCCUCCUCCCUUGAACCGUCUUCGCCGACAGUACCGCUCGCUGCAGGCGGAAGCAGCUCUGAGGUUGGAGCUCCUGGGACCACGCCGGUUCGAAGGCCAUUUUACCUCAUGCGGCAAAUUCUGCAAACGAUCGAGACGGAUGGCGCCUACAUCACACCGACGCUGUACAUCCCGCAUCAGGUCUGGUCGCAAGCCGGCGUCAAGCUCGUUGCGGUCGAGACCAAAGUGCGCAUGCUCGACCUGCUGUUGACCGGUCUCGAAGCUGUCGACAAGCUUGGCAAGGCGUGCUGGCGUUCCGAAGGUGGUCGGAGUACGCGUGAGGCGGCGGCACGGUUAACGAAGGAGCUCGAGUCGUUCGAGGGUCUUACGGAGGGCAUUCAGAGCACGCUGUCGAAGAAGCUCGGAUAUGCAUCGACGGGCAAGAAGGUCGGGACAGUGAGUCGACAAUUCCGCGCGUGUAUGGUUGAUCUGAUGAUUCCAGAUCCUGAUGUUUGUUUUCUUUUGUGAUGUGACAGAACUCUUUCAGUGCCUGGUCUUCGAAGCUAUCGCGGUCCCUCGACCGAGUGACGAACGGGCGCAGUCUCGACCAUCCCGCGACCUAUGUCGACAGUAUUGCUCGUGUGCUUCAGCAAGCUCAAUGCCUCGACGUGUACCUCGUAACAAUAAACGAUCGCUCGUUCCCCCUCUCCGAGAUGGACGAACGUGAUCGAGCGCAAAUGGCGUUGCGACUGAAGCGUCUGAGCGAGUUCUUUGGCGGUAUGAUCUGUCGCUUCAUCUUGCGCGACAUUGGCAUGCUUGUCGAUAAAUGUGGGUUCGGGGCCAUUGCGAAGCGCAUGCAUAAUGACUGCCUCGAAGCUGACGUUAUUUUCUUCUCGCAGAUGUCAAACGAGCCGGAGUCUGGUUCAGCGAAAAUAGCAACUGA